AUGAUGAUAGCAACAACUUCAGAAUAUAUUUUAUUCACUGCCAUUUACGACAUGCUAGGUGCAUGCUCUUCUAAUAAACCAGCAGACUCAGCUGAAGAUAGAGCAAAGAAUAUUUUUGCAAAAAUGGAUGAAAACAACGAUGGACAAUUAACGCAAGAUGAAUUCCUAAAGGGAUGUUUACAAGAUGAAGAGCUUUCAAAAAUGCUCGCGCCAUAAAUCUUGACAUUUGUCUUUGCAUAAAUGUGUCGAAGUUGCACACACACACAAAUGAAAAAAAAAUUAUUCAAAUGAAGUGAAAAGUGAAGAAAAAAAAAAGAAUGCACAAAAUAAAAUAUAAUGGAGCCAUCAUUACUUUUAUAAUUUAAAAAAGAAAAUUACUGUAAAAGGAAGCUUAUCUCCUUUCAUCAUCAGUUAAUUUAGCAUGCAUGUAAUGCAUCGUACAUUGUGUAUGUCGUGUCAAAUACAGAAAAAUAAUUAUAAAGCCAUGUGGAACAUGUUGACUAAGUUUUAAGCAUUCAUUCCACUGCGCCUCAUACAUAUUUUCAUGUUCAAAUGAUGCUUAUGAGAAAACCACACAUUGUUUUAAAAGAAAUAAGAAAAUGGCAUAGGCUUUGCUUAUGGCAUAUGUACUAAAGAUAACUUUCCAUAACUCAUCCUGUAAAAGCUUG